AUGACGAGCAUAUCAAAAGGGGAAUCUUCUAGUACCAGUCACAAGGGCGAGCACCAUGGAGAUCAUUCUGAUGGUGGUACACUCCAGAUUACCCGCGCAACUUAUGUCUAUUCAAUUUGCGCUUGUCUAAAUUCUCUCAAUCUAGGAUUUGACAUUGGUGUGACUACCAAUGUUGGACCUCUGGUUGAAGCCUCGUUUGGACUUACGACGGCACAGAGAGAGCUAUUUGUUGGCAGUAUCAAUUUUUGGGCUAUUUUUGGAGGCUUUUUUUCUAACUGGAUUUGUGAUAGGUUUGGAAGGCGUCGAUCUUUCAUCACUGCCGCCGUUGGUUUCAUGAUCGGGAGGCUCAUCACCGGUGCCAGUAGCUCGUUCUUUAUGUUGAUGGUUGGUCGCAUGUUUGUUGGUCUCGGAGUAGGUUUUGGACUUGCCAUAGAUCCUCUCUACAUUGCGGAAAUUACACCAGCAGCUCAUCGUGGCAAGAUGGUAUCGUGGUCCGAAAUCGGAGUCAAUGUUGGCAUUGUGCUUGGCCUUGCUACUGCAAUCAUGUUCUAUGGUGUGGAUGACGAACUAGAGUGGAGGCUUAUGCUCUAUAUUGGAGCUCUACUACCUCUCGUCAUGAUCUACCUUGUCUUGAAGAUAAUGCCAGAGUCACCGCGUUGGUUGGUAAACCGUGGCAUGGCCGAAGAGGCUAAGGUGGUCCUGCAGGAGGUAUACCCCCCUGGUUUCGAUGUUGAUGCAGUUAUCUCCGAUAUUAAGGAGGACUUGGAUCGAGAACGUCUUGCGAAGCAAAUUGGAUGGGGUGCCGUUUUGUGCCCAACCAAGGCAUUUCGCAGAAUGCUAAUGGUUGGUUUGGGUACCGCUAUUGCACAACAAGCCUGUGGUAUCGAUUCCAUUUUUUACUACAUGAAUGACCUCAUAAAGGCGUCUGGAAUCGAAUCUGAGACGAACCAGCUUGCAGUUCUAAUGCUUCUCGGAGUCUGCAAACUUGUAUUCGUCUUUGUCGGAGGCAAGCUGUUUGAUACGAUGGGAAGACGACCAUUGUUGAUGGCUUCAUUGAUAGGAAUGUUUCUCUCUCUCAUCAUGAUCGCCUUUACCGAAAGUGGGGCUCAAAUUACUGGAAUGGCAUUGUACCUGUCGUUCUUCAGCAUUGGUAUGGGCCCUGGAGCGUGGUUGAUUCCAUCGGAAGUUUUUGCUACCAGUAUUCGAGCGAAGGGUAUGAGUUUGGCAACCGUGUUAAACAGAACAGUUGCCACAGUUGUGGCAUCUACCUUUCUGACGACAGCAGAGGCCAUGGGAAUUACAGGAUACUUUCUCAUGCUGGCUGUAGUUUGUGUGUUUUUCACCGCCUUGAUUUAUUUCUAUUUGCCAGAGACCAAGGGAAGGUCUUUGGAAGACAUGACAUUAUACUUUGCAGAGAUCACCAACGAUAGAUCCAUCUUGGAUGCCGAAGCCACCCUCCGAAAAGAUGAGGUGGAAAUGCUUAAAACACCUGUGGAAUCGGCUACACCGGCCUAG